AUGGCAUCGCUGCAGCCUCGUGGUAUCCUGGUUUUCACCGCAGUGCUCCUCGUCAUGGUAGUGGAGGCAGGUUACGUUGAUAUCUUCACGGACGCAGACUACAAGGGCUACGUUACCCAUAUCGAGGACGUGAGAGUUGAUUACUGCUAUGUCUUGUGCAGGGGUUUGAACGACACAAUUACGUCUGCAAAGUGGGGUGGUCUGCCUGAGAGGACAUCUACGGGGGAUGAUGGCCUGAUAUCGUUCUACGUUGACAGUAAUUGCAAGAAGCACAAUAUUUGGUGGCGAACUAAGACCCAAAGCGAUGAUGAUCUGUACUUCCCUUCAAAUUUCAAACUCGACGGGAUUAACGACCAAAUUUCAUCCUUCAUGGUGUGGAACACCAAGAAGAUUAUAGGCAUCGCCAAUCUUCAGUGCCUUGGAGAGGACUGGGAGAGCAAGACGUUUCCAAAUGCGGAAAUGGCAGCAACACCAACGCCGGUUCUCUAG